UACAAAGGACUCACCGUGGACAGUGACGUCGGCUGAGGAGUUCUUAAAGCGCAUUCAGCACCUCGAGGUAAAGGCAGACGAGGAGGUGGUGUCAUUCGAUAUGAUCUUGUUUUUCACCUCCAUCCCACCUGCACUGAUUAUCAACACUAUCGACGGCCUUCCUUGUGAAAAAUACGACGAGACCGAGAACCACCUCAAACGAGAGCACAUCAUCGAGCUCCUUGGAUUGUGCCUUAAGACCUUUUUCACCUUCAACGGCCAGGUUCUUCAACUCGGACCCCCGAAGUUCUGGGUCCGAUACGUCGAUGACACAUUCGUCAUACUAAAGAGGACCCACGUGCAAGCUUUCAAGGCAUCGGUGAAUUCGAUCUUUCCCGACAUCCCGUUUACCAUUCAAGAAGAAGUCAACAAUCGGUUCUUCGCUUGUAUUGGCAAAUCGGUUGUCCUUCCUUGA